AUGACAGAAGAGACCGAGUCAUCCAAGUGGAAGAGAGCGCGCGGUCCCAAGGUCAGAUCUGGCUGUACUACUUGCAAGUUUUGCGAUGAGACAAAACCAGAGUGUCUUCGGUGUCUGAAGGACAAGCGGACAUGUGAUGGCUACGAAGCGCCAAAACGCUACAAGCCUAGGAAGAAACGAAACCAAGACGCCGUCGUCCACCGAACCACAGUUUCCUCAAGACUGCUCGUCCCGGCAGGACUGUCAACAGCAACGUUUGGCUCACCGAUAGAGCUGGAUCUCUUUCACCAUUUCCGAACAUGCACAGUUCCAGAGCUUAAAAGUUCCCUGAAUGCAACGAGUAUUUGGCAGACCUACGUCUUACCACUCAGCCAUGAAUUCGAAUCUAUCAGAGUCGCGAUAGGCGCGUUGGGCGGCGCGCACAAAGCCUUCAAACUCCAGACGCAGACCGACCCGUUGACCCAGUCUCUUGCACAAUCUUAUGAAGCGGCAUCAAUUAAACAGUACAACAAUUCUAUUCAUAUUAUACAAAAGUAUAUGGAAUUACCAGCAAUGAAUCUACAGGAGAUUCUGACAUGUUGUUUCAUAUUUAUCUGCAUCGAGAGUUUGUAUGGCCGCUACAUGAACGUGACUCGGCACCUCGAGGCUGCAUUUUCCCUUUUGAAUCAUCAUCACACCUCCAACCAUAGCGUUGGAAUCGGACUGAAAAGCGGUGAAGAUAAUUUAGAGAAAUUCAUGGAAGAUAUGGGCCCUGCGAUUUGUGGUCUUACUUCUGAUCUCUUUUUCUUCAUGGGAGAUAGUCAGUCGUCAAAGCUUGUUUCUGAAUUGCAGAAAUGGCUUCACCGACAAGACCCAAUAUACCUACAGGAACCGGGGGCCCCGUUCUUCUCAGUACAGGCCGCAGCAUCGUGGCGAACACAGAUGGAAACAAUGCAUGAAACAGACGCGUAUUACGAAUGUCACAUGUGCUCGAGUGUGGGCUAUCCCUGUAGCAUGGAUGCCUCAGUCUGUGGGAAAUCUCAGAGUGGGUUAGAUACCGCAUCAUUCUUCCGGUACUGGAGCGCACGUUAUAGCCCGUCCAACCUCAAUUUCGACCCUACGAAAGCCUCAGAGUCCGAGAUGUCCCGUCACAAAGUCCUUGAACUUGAAGAGACAACAUGGCGUGCUAGGUUCAAGUUGAACUCGAUCAAGGGUAAUCUUGCGACAUCAGAUUGUAUGGAGAUCUUGAGCAAGGCGGAGUCAAUCAUGGAUCUUUCAAAGUGCCAGACAGGCCACAUAUUCAACUUCCAGGCGAAUCUGAUACCACCCAUUGCUUACGUUAUUAUAUCGUGCCAGGAUGAGAGAAUACAGUGGGAAGGCGUGCGGCUUUUACGAUCUCUUGGUAGAAGAGAGGGAGUUUGGGAUAGCAAAAAGGUUGCCGAUGUUUACGCAAACAUGAUUACUGCCAAAGCGAAUAGGUUGCUGUCUUGGGAUGAUAUCCCUGCUGACGUACCUCAACUGACGAAACUGCUAAGUUCCAUGAACCUGGUAACAUUGCCUGCAAGUCAGUAA